GGAAGUCGUGGCUAAACGCAUCAUCCAGAUCUCGUUCGACGAUUACGUCGGCACUGUCAACGGCCUCUUCAAUUUCCUCGAGAUCUGCGGCGGCGCGGUGGUGUACAUGAUGAUGGGCACGACGGAUACGAAAUCUCAAGGUUGCCUGCAGGGCUCCGCCUUCUCCUUCUGCUUCAACGGCAUCUUCAUGAUCGUCUCAAGCUUCCUGAGCGCCAACUCCGGCUACUACCUGACCGGCAUAUUCUACUACGUGCUGUUCAACGGGACGGGAGCCAUGAUGUACAUCCUACCGAGCAUCAUGAUGGUCAGGGAAUCGAAUGAAGUCGGCACAGCUUCACAGCUUCAUGGAGAUAUGCUACGAGGCGAUAGACGACAGCAACAAGUACUUCUACUGGCGUCGCGAUCCAGUGGACUCCAAGCUGCACGUCGGCAACAAGCACCUGGAGUACGACAGCCACCACCGUUACGACUUGAAGCUGUCGUCGAGCGAGAUCGACAGCGGUGCGAUGCACGUCAUGCAGCUGGAGUGGAAAUCCGACGACAAUAUCCAGUUUUACCUGAACGGCACUGCUCUGGUCAGCGAUACGGUCUCCGGCAGUAUGCUGAAGGACUGUGCGCGCCUCGUACCCGGCACAGACACCGUGGGCGACACCACCAAACUGAUGCGCAGCUUCGUAGUCUACGAAGUGCACCACACCUCUACGGAUCAGAUGACGCUUACGGAUGUGGACCACAGCUACCUGCUUCCUGCUCAGUAUGUCGUGGGCGCCGGCGGCAUCGUACGGUUCACCGGAAAGUGCAUCAUGCGGGAAAAUCCCACGGGACAGAUCCGCGUGUCGUACGACGGCACGGUAGCUGCCCAGUUGAAAACGUUGCAGAAUAACAAGGAGAUGACGGUCGUGGUGAGCAUACACGCAAACCAGAUGGCCAUAUCGCUUCUCGGAGCCCCGAAUCCUGGCAAGCCCGUGACGGUUGCCCUGACUAGGAACACCACGGACGAAACCAUCAAGCCGAUCUUAGUCAGCCGAAACCUGCAAACGCACACCGUGGAAAUUUACACCGGGCUGACCAUGGAUGUGUGA